UAGGCUAGCAAUAUACAAAUAUUCCCUGUCACUUUUCGUCAUCAUCUCCGAGCUGUCAGUUGAUUGUUAUCUCUUUUUAUUUCUAAAAAUACUUAUUUGGAGGUGGAGAAAAACUUUUCUUUGUGAUUGUGUAUCAAAAUAAAUCGUAAAGUGGCGUGAAUAAACAAAGAACAAUGUCAAAGUUCGAAGAUAAUCCGUUUAGCGAUCCAACCAUAGACAACCCGUUCGCUGACCCUGCCGUGCAGCAAGUAGCACGAAGUACGAACAAUGCGACCCAAGGCCUGGACGACUACAACCCCUUCGACAACCAACAGAAUGCGAAUCAAUCUACGCCACCCCAACAACCCACUCAGCCAGCGAUCAUGCAGGCAGUAUCACCACCAGCAAGCGGACAGUACACAAGACCUUCUCCACCAAUGCAGCAAUCACAAGGCCCUCCACAGAACUUCACCACAGCUGAUUUUCAGAGAAGACAAGAGGAAUUAGAGCGCAAAGCUGAAGAGUUAGCGCGACGAGAAGCGGAGCUGCGCGCAGGCUCUGCCGGCCGGCGGAACAACUGGCCUCCUUUGCCUGCCUUCUGCCCCAUCCAACCAUGCUUCUACCAGGACAUCAAUGUCGACAUACCACUAGAGUUCCAGAGGAUCGUCCGCCAUCUAUAUCACUUAUGGAUGUUCCACGCCCUAGUCCUGUCACUGAACAUCGUCGGGGCGAUGUCGUUAAUGUUCAUCGGCGAGGGUUUCACGAUAUUUGGACUCUCCAUCCUGUUCUUUAUCCUUCUGACGCCGUUCAGCUUCAUAUGCUGGUACCGGCCGAUAUACAAGGCGUUCCGCAGCGACUCCUCCUUUAACUUCAUGGUGUUCUUCUUCAUAUUCCUCGUGCAAAUCAUCAUCACGGUCGUGCAGUCGAUCGGAUUCAGCGGUGGAGGUUCUUGCGGACUGAUUACGAGCCUUUCAGCUUUCAAGCUGAAUGUGGCCGUGGGCAUCAUAACACUGAUGGUGACCAUCGGAUUCAUCACUUGCGUUGUUGCUGACGUCAUGCUCAUGGCUAAGGUGCACCGCAUCUACCGGUCCACGGGCGCGUCGCUGGCCAAGGCGCAGGCGGAGUUCACGACGGAGAUCAUGCGCAACCAGCACGUGCAGACCGCCGCCUCCAGCGCCGCCGCCGCCGCCGUCAACGCGCAGAUCGCCAACGCCAACAGAUAUUAACCGACACUCAAUAUUAUAGGUAUUAUUGUGUUUGGAGAAAGUCGACCUUCUGUUGUGCACAUAGGGAAAAUUAUGCAAUACAUUAUAAUUCAUCACUCAACAUUGAAGAGCUUUUUAUCACAUUCAAAGUUUAUGCAAUUAUAAAAAAUAUUCUGUGUUGCCGUACUUAUUAAAUGUUAAAAUAGUCAAGAAUUUAUUGUUAAUAAAUUGCGAUUUUUUUAAAUGGCAAACGUCGCUCAUAUAUUAUUUUGAGAAUUAUUAAUUCUAAUGCAUUAUGGCUAAUGAACGUUAGCGGACCGGCCACGAUAUUAAACGGCUGUGUGAAUGGUAUUUGUAAUGAAUCAUUUAACUUAUAACUUUUUUAAUGCAUAGAUUUUAAUGUAUAGUGCAACAAGAUAUAAUAAAAAUAGUCUAGAUUUUUUCACGUAAGAUAUACCUUUUAAAGCUUAAUGAUACAUUUAUAAAUGGAAUAUAACAGUAAAUAUCUAUUUUGUCGCACUGUACUUAUAAUAUAGUUGUUUGCGCAUUUUACUAUUGCAAAUAUUUACAUAAGUGAUACCAAGAAAUUUUAGUUUACUGGUAGCUGAAUAGUGGUUCUUUUACAAUGUGAGCUUACAAUCGCUUUAAGGUAAUUCUAUUAAUAUAAUCUGCAAGGGCCAUUAAGUCUAAAACAAAUCAUAUUUGACUUGUAGGCUCAAGAUAUGCAUAUCUUAUUUGCAUUAAGCUGUUAUUGUAAAAUUUUAAUAUAUUUCAGGCAAGGAUAAACAAUGAAAUGUUAUUUAUCACUGCAGUCAUCUUCUGUUUUAUCUCUCGUUAAUGACAUUCCAAAACAGUAGUGUAUAUAUUCUUUCGUAUAUUCAAAUUUGAAAUUAUGUAAUUUUAUCGAUUUCUAGAUAUAAAGCAACCUAAUUGGUGUUGUCUCGUAGUCGUUUUCGGACCAUCGUACCUUGUGUGACCUCUCUUGCCCCGUGUUGAGACUAUUAGAUGCACAAGACUUCAAUUCUAGCGUUUAUUGUAUUGUAUAAAAAUAGUAUAAGGUAUUAUAUAACUAGUCAAUUGACUAAAACUGCUUUGGAAACUGACAAAACCUUUGGUAUACCCGCUUAUGAACUUAUUUAAAGGCGCGAGUCUCGUCUGACUCGUUCGUAGAUAUAUCGAUAUUGUAAUCUGGGCCUAGUAUAAUGUAAAUUAUUUACCAGACCGUCCUUACCCAGAUAAAAUGGUAAGCGAAGGCGUGUACAUUUAUCUAAAUGUUUAAACUGUUUUGUAACGAUUAAGUCAUGUUAUAAACUUAUGAUUAAUAAUAAAUAUAGUUUCAGAAUG